AUGCGGCGGCCACGCCGAGCGGGGAAGCCCGGGGGCGGCGGCGGGUGCGGGGGGAAGGCGGCGCCGGGGGCCGAGGAUGCUGAAGGGGGCCCCGUGAUCGCCGUCGGCGGGGAGGGCGACCCGUCGGUGCCAGGGAUCCCGGUGGCUGGGGAUGGCGGCGGGGAGAAGGCGCCGCUGGGGACGGCCGUCGCGGUUGCCCUGAAGAGCGCCGAGGGGGUGCCGGUGAUCGCCGUCGUCAGUGAUGUGGAGCCGGCGGUGCUAGGGGUUCCGGUGGCCGCGGCGGCUGGGGGCGGUGACGGCGGGGAGAAGGCGCCACUGGGGGCGGAGGUCGCGGCGGCCGUGAAGGGCGCCAAGGGGGCGCCGGUGGUCGCCGUCGGCGGGGAGGCCGAGGCCCCCGUGCAAGGGGAUCCGGCGGCCCCCGCCGCUGAUCGGAAGGCCGAUGCGCCAGCGGCGAAAGGAGUGGCGGAGAAGGAUGACGAGGGGGUGAGGUGGCUCAAGCACUACUCGUCGAUGCAGAGCAUACUCAUCGUCGGCGACGGGGAUUUCUCCUUCUCGCUGGCGCUCGCCACCGCGUUCGGCUCCGGCGAGCACAUCGUCGCCACGUCCCUCGACUCCUACGACACUUUAAAGAAGAAGUAUGGCAAUGCUGAGGCAAACAUAACAGAGCUGAAAAGGUUGGACUGUACAGUUUUGCAUGGUGUUGAUGCAAAACUGAUGAAGCUUUACCCUUCUCUGAAGAUGAGACGGUUCGAUCGGAUCGUCUUUAAUUUUCCUCAUGCUGGGUUCAACGGAAAAGAGGAUAACCCGCUAGUCAUCAACUUGCAUAAGCAGCUGGUAAAUGGGUUUUUUGCCAAUGCACAACACCUGCUUCGGCCCUUUGGUGAAAUCCACCUUAGCCACAAGACAGGAUAUCCUUACGACGCAUGGGAUAUCGAGCAACUAGCCAAUGAGUCUUGUCUUAUUAUGUUUGCUAAAGAUAUUUUCUGCAAAGAGGAGUACCCUGGUUAUAACCAAAAGAGAGGAGAUGGUGCAAAGUGCGAUCAAUCUUUUGCUCUAGGUCCUUGCUACACGUUUAAGUUCUGCAUCGGAGACGUAAAGAAACUGAAGAAAGCACGUGGAAACGUUGGUUCAGUCUCAUCCCUUGGAGGCAGCAAAUUCUAUCCUGGCAUCUUAGCAACUGACACGAGGCCAUUUGAUUUGCAUCCACUUGCUCCAGCAUGGCCUCGGCCACACUUUCCUCCAGCCAACAGAGUUGACAUGCCAAUCAUGUUUGAUCCUUACCCCUUUGGAGGUCCUCCAAUGGAACGUCCAGGUUUGCCACUCAACUUCUAUGGCCCAGAGAGAGCUCCUUACUUUCAUCACCAGGACAUGAUCCAGCCACUGUGCAGAGGGCCACCGCUGCAUGUUUUGCCCAACCAAGGCAGCUUUCAUCCACCAAUGGACAUGAUCCAGCCACUGUGCAGAGGGCCACCGCUGCAUGUUUUGCCCAGCCAAGGCGGCGGGUUUCAUCCACCAAUGCCCCGCCUCGUGCAUCCAGAGCAGCCUUGGCACCAAGAGAGGCCUCCAGUUGUGCCACCAUGGAGAAGCAACGACUACUACUCAGGAGAAUACCAGAGGAGUCUGCAGCGGGAGUAUGAGAUUGAGAGGCAACUGAUGCCUGGAGGAGCCAGCCUGGGUUACUCUGAUUUCCUUGAGAAUCGCUACAGGGAGUCGGAUCAGAGGCGGGGGAGGCUGGAAAUGCUGAUUCAGUUCUACGGUGGGCGGUGAAGGAUCAUUUUGGAGGCUGUGUCUCUGCUGCAAGGGUCUCACUAGAGCAGAGAAACUCUGUCCUUCCAAGAUGACGACGCAACGUUCGACAUGAGGUGUUUUGUACAGUUAGGGCCAUUUUGCGUGGCGAACACCGACCACGAGUCCAGAACAGCACAAGUAAUGCUGUUUUCUACUACUACUAUCUGCUAUCUAGUCUAAACGAAUACCCCUCCCUAUAGACAGCCAAGCCUCAUUUUGCAAUGGAGCUGUCUUCAGGGGCUCAAAACAGUCCGCGGUUAUCUCGGUUUAUCAACGGUAAGCCUGAACCUGGGGUAUGUAACUGGCAUCACUUUUGCUUCAGGUCUUACUUGUAAGACUUUCCUAAUCUAUUACUACCCCCUUAUAUGCAAGAAAAUACUGCUUAUGACUUG